UUUUCUUCUCGAUCUUUUCCCUCAUUUUCCUCCUUUUUCCCGUUCCUUUCCCUCAUUUUCCACCAUUUUCCCAUUCCUGCUCCUMSGMGGCCAUGGGGAAGCUGAACGUGGUGAUGCUGCGGUACCUGUCCCGGGAGCAUUUYAGGGUUCUGACCGCGGUGGAAAUGGGCAUGAARAACCAUGAAAUAGUUCCUGCUAGCUUAAUUGCUUCCAUUGCUAGCCUUAAACACGGCGGUUGUAAUAAAAUCUUGCGRGAGUUGGCGAAGCACAAGCUCGUGGCUUAYGARCGAACUAAAACUGUGCAGGGUUAUCGGUUAACUAACGCAGGAUAUGAUUAYCUGGCUCUGAAAACKCUCUCUUCCCGACAAGUCAUCACUUCUGUGGGAAACCAGAUGGGUGUUGGCAAAGAAUCAGACAUUUACAUUGUUGCCAACGAAGAGGAGCAGCAGUUUGCRCUGAARCUGCACCGGCUGGGGAGAACCUCYUUCCGCAACCUGAAAAACAAACGCGACUACCACAAGCACAGGCACAAAAUGUCCUGGCUCUACUUGUCCCGGAUAGCAGCAAUGAAGGAGUUUGCCUACAUGAAGGCUUUGCAUGACAGAGAAUUUCCUGUCCCAAAACCCAUAGACUACAACAGGCACGCAGUGGUUAUGGAACUUGUUGAUGGAUAUCCUUUGUGCCAGGUGCACCAAAUGGAAGAUCCUGCUGCUGUCUACAGUGAAUUAAUGGAUCUGAUUGUAAAACUUGCCAAUCAUGGCCUCAUUCAUGGGGAUUUCAAUGAGUUUAAUCUCAUCUUAGAUAAUGAUGACCAUGCCACGUUGAUUGAUUUCCCUCAGAUGAUGUCAACAUCCCAUGCAAAUGCUGAAUGGUAUUUUGACAGAGAUGUUAACUGUAUUAAGGAAUUCUUUAAGAAACGCUUCAACUACGAGAGUGAGCUCUUCCCAACAUUCCAGGACAUCAGGAGAGAGUGUUCUCUCGAUAAAGAGAUUGCUGCCAGCGGCUAUGCCAAGGAGAUGCAGGAAGAUGGUGAGCUGCUUUACCCAUCAGACUCCGAGGAAGAUGACAACACAGAGCUGUUAGAACUUGCAGGAGAUGCUGAGAAUGAGCUCARCUUCUUCAGCAAAGAUGAAGAGAACAGUGAGGAGUUCCUGAAUGAAGUGGGUGAUUUGUCUGAAAGCAGAGCCUGUGACAGCACCGYGAGCAGCAGUGAGGAAGAGACUGAUGCAGCUGGAAGCUGUGAAAAUACACAAAGGCUGAAUGUGGCACAGUUGAGUUCAGCCUUGGAAAGGGCUGAAGAGACAGCUGUGCCUUGUAGAUCCAGCGAAGAUGCUGAGAGUUGUGCAAAUACUUUAUUUAAGAACAGAAAUGUAACUGAAAAUGCUGCUGAAGUGGAGAAUCAGACAGGUCAAGGAGGGUGCUGUGAGGGUGACGAGAACAAGGACAAAUGCCCUGAGCUCGUCAACUCUUCAACUUUAAAUGAGGAAUUCAGGAAUUGCAGUAAUAAAGAGUGCAUCGUUCCUCUUGCUGGGCACAGAACAAGGACUGAGAGCAUCACAUCAGUCAGAACUGUUGGGAGCUGUUCAACCAUUCCRCCGGAGCUGGUGAAACAGAAGAUAAAGCGACAACUGACCAAGCAGCAAAAGUCUGCACUGAGGCAACGGCUGCAAAAAGGGGAGGCAAAUAUUUACACCAAACARCGGCGAGAAAACAUGCACAACAUUAAGUCAAGCUUGGAUGCAGCCAGUUUCUGGGGAUAAUUUAUUAAUGYGCCUGUGGAACAUGAGAAAUGUAUAGAACUGAAAGAAUUACACUAAUUUGCCUUUUAUAYAAAGGAGCAAUCUCUUCUAUGCAAACCAGAUGUUUUUCUGGAAACCAAUAAAUUUUAUUCUCGUUCAUGUGACUUUGGGAUUGUGUUUUGUGUUUCUAGUCAGAGCAGUUGACYGUCAUUUACUGCUAGCUUUAGCACUGGUUAAAAUAAUGACUGAUUUUCAACAGUAUCUUAUUGUAAAUGUAUCAUAGUGUGUUUAUUGUGCAGAGGAUUGCCCUUAAGAGAGAAAGAAGGAAACAUUUUAAAACCAGUUUUAGCAGUGAUGCUGAAUUUGAAAAUGUGAUCAAUUUGUGUGAUGAAUAUGCAUUUGUUGAGGCUGGCAAUUG